CCGGUGCCGGUACCGACGGCGGUGCCCCCGGUGCCCCCGGCAGACCGGGGCCGGUAUGGCGGGCCGGGGCCGCGGCCGGGGCCGGGGGCAGAUGUCGUUCAGCGUGGAAGCCGUGGGCAUCGGGAAGGGGGAGGCGCUGCCGCCGCCCACCCUGCAGCCCUCGCCGCUCUUCCCGCCCCUGGAGCGCCGCGCGGCGCCGCUGCCCGGCGGCGAGGAGGGCGAGUACAUGCUGGCCCUGAAGCAGGAGCUGCGCCGCGCCGUGAGGGGGCUGCCCUACUUCGUCAGACCGGGGGCGCCCCGCAGAGNCAUCGAGCGCUACUCGGACAAGUACCAGCUCUCCAACCCCGUGGACAGCGCCAUCGACUGGAGCCCAGACUGGAGGCGGCUCCCGCGGGAGUUGAAGAUCCGCGUGCGGCGGCAGCGGAAAGGCCGACCCGCUGCCCCCGUCCCCAAGAAGCCGGUGGCACUGGACAAGGAGGAGGCCAUCAAGAAGCUGGAGAGCCUGGAGAAGAAGGAGGAGGAGGUGACAUCAGAGGAGGAAGAGGAGAAGGAGGAGGAAGAAGAGGGAAAGGAGGAGGAGGAGGAGGA